AUAAUCAUAACCCAGUUGGUUAGGAUAAUACUAGCUAAACAAAAUGGUGGUAGUUCAGCUUCAGCUUUCUGUUAGUAUAAAAAUUUGGAAUUCCAAUAAUUGAAGAAACACGGACGAAUGUUCUUCGAUACAGCUAGGUAGUAUUUAUUCUCUCAUCUUCAAGUCCAACAUGUGUUUUUAAAUUGCCGCCUUGCUGUUGUCGACCACACAAUAAUUGACAGUUGAGCCAGGAAUCUCUAGGUUAAUGGGUUGCCAAUACACCUCUCUUUUGGAUCAUCUAUUGUUGCAAUGGAAGUAAUAGUAUUGUUUUCUGAUAUCCUACUACAUAUAUAUCUUGCAGGAGUUCCUUCCAGUCUACUGUAAACAUGGAUUGCUGCUUCAUGUUUCGAAAGAGAUCUCAGCCUGUUGAAGGUGAUGAUGAUGUACACAGUGUGAAGGUCUUUUCUUACAACGAGUUGAGGAAGGCAACUCUAGAUUUCAGCGGCGCAAACAAGAUUGGAGAGGGUGGUUUUGGCUCCGUAUUCAGGGGAAUGCUCAAAGAUGGCAGAUUAGUUGCAGUGAAGGUGCUUUCAGCCACUUCAAGGCAAGGUGUACGAGAGUUCUUAACUGAACUUACGGCAAUUUCUGACAUCAAGCAUGAAAACCUGGUCACGCUUAUCGGCUGCUGUGCUGAAGGGUCCCAUAGGAUCCUCGUUUACAAUUACCUUGAGAAAAACAGCCUUUCACAGACAUUGCUAGGGUCCAACUACAGCAGCAUUCAGUUCGAUUGGAAGGCCCGUGUCAAAAUUGCCGUGGGAGUUGCCCGUGGACUUGCAUUUCUUCAUGAGGAGAUCCGUCCUCACAUUAUCCACAGGGACAUCAAAGCGAGCAACAUUCUUCUCGACAAGGACCUUACACCGAAAAUUUCUGAUUUUGGGUUGGCGAGGCUCAUUCCACCGAAUGCAACCCAUGUGAGCACCCGAGUUGCAGGCACAUUGGGAUACUUGGCUCCUGAAUAUGCUAUCCGAGGUCAAGUGACGAAGAAGUCUGACAUCUAUAGUUUUGGAGUUCUUCUCUUGGAAAUUGUUUGUGGCAGGUGCAACACAAACACAAGAUUGCCUAGUGAAGACCAAUUUCUCCUUGAGAAGACAUGGGCACUCUAUGAGCAAGAACAUCUUGAAGAAAUCGUAGAUGCUGAUAUAGACAAUGACCUGGACAUCGAGGAGGCAUGCCUGUUCCUGAAGAUUGGCCUCCUAUGCACGCAAGACGCGAUGGCUCGCCGUCCCCACAUGAGCGCCGUUGUCAGGAUGCUCACCGGAAGCAAGCGCGUCUCCAUGGAGAAGAUCACUAGGCCCGCCAUGAUCACCGACUUUGCGGACCUCAAGGUCAGCAGCAAACCACAAGAAGUGAACCGAGCAAGCCCCAACACGUCGAGAUCCUUCAGCACCACCGAGGUGACGGAGCCGCUUUUCUCGUCGUCGGACACACCCACACAGGUUUCCGUGUGAAAAAAUUGGGCAGAGUUAGCGUCAUUCGAUUUGUACAUUGUCGUGUGGUAGAAGAUAGAUACGCUCGAUUUUUGAGAAAAAUUUCUUUGUAUCACGAGCAGAGGUUGGAUAAUAUUAGCGGGCAACCUGUCGCGUGCUUGGUUUGUAAGAUGUAAAUAUUUGGAGAUGGGUCGGAGAUGAUUCAAGAUAAAAGCUUUUGCAAGCAUUCACAUCCGUCUCU